CCCUCAGAGCGUGGCAAUUGUAGGUCACUCCAUGGGGGGCGUCGUGGCCCGAGCGCUAUUCACCUUGCCUCGAUUCAACCCUCAUCUGGUCAGCCUCAUCAUCACCCAGGCCUCGCCGCACUUGUCUCCAGUCCUGGGGCUGGACCCGUACCUGCUGGAGUUCUACUCUGCAGUGAGGCAGAAGUGGGUGAACCAGGCCAACAGGCUCAGGAAUGUCACCGUUCUGUCCGUCGGAGGCGGGUACAGAGACUACCAGGUCCGCUCUGGCCUGACAUCCCUUCCCUGUCCCCCCGGCGACCCUAAUAAACUGUCCCUGGUGGUGACUGCCGUUCCCAGAACCUGGGUGUCCACCGACCACCUUUCCAUCGUUUGGUGCAAGGAGCUCGUUCUGGCUACAGUCAGAGCGUUCUUUGACCUCAUCGAGCCUGAAACCAGACAGUUCACCGAAAACCCGGAGAAGAAACUGUCUGUACUGAAGCAUCAUUUCAUCAGGCAUCCCGUCAGGAUGGUGGGAGACAGUCAAGACUCGUCCAUCUCCUUGUCAGAUUUUCCUGAGGCGUGGAGUGAGGUGAACACUCUGCGUCUGUCCUACAGCACGCCAAAGGAAGGACAAGUGAAGUACUUCCUGUUCGCCCUGUCGAGUCGCAGGAAGGCCUACAGUCACUUCUACUGCAGGAGCAACAACCUGGAGAUGAGCAGCUGGGUGUACGGCUGCGUGCAGAGAAACGGGUCGUCUUGUGUCCACGCUCUGGAUCUGUCUCUGGGGACAGAACUCCUGCCUCCUUACAAGGUCCUGGUUUUGAGUCUGAGCGACUUGACGUCUGUGACUCACCUGGUCGUUGCUGCCUCCAACCUGAAUGGCAAACAGUUCACAGUGGAGUGUGAGUGGCAAAGACAAGACUCUUUGACUCUGUCCGUCUCCGUCCCACAUGUCUUGUCCUUUGGUUUCACAGCCAGUGAAGUCAGCGUGAAGUCCUCUGGACUUCUUCACAACAUCCAGCUGCUCCACUUCCACCAGGUGUAUCAGGCCUUCAGACUUACGGUUAUCAGUCAGUGCCGAGUGACUAAAGACAGGUUGCAGAGCGUCUACAGGAUGACGGCCCCCUGGUUCAGAGAGGACUCGUUCACCACAGUCAGCGUGCCGUCGGUGGCGGAGAUCUCAGGGAUGCUGCACACGAGCCGUCCGGACAACUCUUCAAGGGUCCUCCUGCAGCUCCACACCGCCCCCAACUGUCAGUAUAAGGUGUCCAUAAAAACGUCUUUACCCAAAGUUCUGGGACAGGCUCUGAGGUUCUGCGGGCCCAUGGUUCUGGUGUACACAGCUGUGAUGCUCCUCCUGGCCUGCGGGGGGCAGUUGUCAUCCAUCUUGAGGACGGGGAGAGCUGCAGAACCAAGCCAGGCAGUGGGCGGAGCCCUGCAGCCUCAUAAGAUCAACAUACCUGUUUACUUUUUGCACGUUCUUCUUGGCUGGAGCCGGUCUCAGGGGGUGUGGUCUGUCCUCACCCCUCCACCUGUGGACACGCUCCCCCCCACUGUCCCCGAUGGGACGCUGCCUUUAUCUACAGAGGAGUGGCCCCACCUUCUGUCCCCGCUGCUGUUUGUGUUCGGGGCAGCUGUGGCGUACUGGGGCAGCACCCUGCUGCACCUCCUGGUCCGGAUCGUCUCGCUGGUUUUAGCUCCGCUGCACAGACCGUCCGUGUCCAGAGACGUUGGGACUCUACGGCUGAGGACUCAGAUCCUCCUUAGUGUCUGUUUGGCCGUUGUGGGCGGGACUUCCUGCGGAGCGUUGUCCAUCCUGUCCUCGUCUCUGCUCCACUUUUACAGAGUCCUGCGGCUGCAGAUGACUGAAAGAUCUCUGAGCCACAUGUUGAACCUGGCGCCGCAGAAACACAGACGGGCCGAGAACGGUUCUGCCGACGCCCCCCUGCUGUCUGAGAGCGCUCUGCGGGAGGUGAGGGACGACCUGCGGCUGCACCUCAGCCUGUCGGCGCUCCUCGUGCUGCCCGUCGUCCUCGCAGCGCCGUCGCUCAUCCACUGGACCCGCAACCUGAGGUACUCGACCCGGUUGGAUCCUGACCCCUGCUGGCCUCACACAGUGCCUCUGGUUCUGGUCUACAUGCUGCUCAUCAACUGCAACACCUUAAAACUCAGCAACAGCCGGCUUCUGCCUCUGAUGUCCUUCCUCCCUCUUCCUCUGGCUGUCGCCAUGGCGACCUUCUCUUCGCUCCACCUGUACAGAAUCACCUACUUCCUGUCGGCGGCGCUCGUCCCCCUGGCCUUGUGUUGUCUCUACUGACGCCGCCUGUCCGCGAGGUCCAGGUCCAGUAGGCCCGGCCCGCCUGCUCUGAAUUUGUUGGAUGUCCUGAAACCGUGUUUG